CCCCACCCCGCAGGUGACGCGCAUGCUCCGUGGCCGGGAGAGCCACUGCUUCUGUGCGGGGAAAGAAAGAAGGGCAAAAGUCCGAGGCUGGCAUGGAAGUCCGCCGCGCGAACCGGAGGUAGCCCAGCAGCGUCCAGCCCGGCCCCGCCCCGCGGAACCCUCGCCCGGCGCCAUGGUGCUGGAUAGCUUGGCCCGCAUCGUCAAAGUGCAGCUGCCUGCUUACCUCAAGCGCCUGCCGCUGCCGGAGAGCGUCGGCGGCUUCCUGAGACUCUCAGUUUCAGAAUGGCUGCGGUUAUUGCCUUUCCUGGGUAUCCUUGCUCUGCUCGGAUAUCUUGCUAUUCGUCCAUUCCUUCUCAAGAAGAAACAGCAGAAGGACAGCUUGAUUAAUCUCAAGAUCCAGAAGGAGAAUCCCAAAGUAGUAAACGAAAUCAACAUUGAGGAUCUAUGUCACACUAAGGCAGUGUAUUGCAGAUGCUGGCGCUCUAAAACAUUCCCUGUCUGUGAUGGCUCUCACAACAAACACAACGAGUCAACGGGAGAUAAUGUGGGCCCUUUAAUACUCAGGAAAAAGGAAGUCUAGCAAACUCCUAAAUAUGCUGUGACUAAAAGGAAGUCCAUUUGUAUAUGUAUAUGUCGGGCUUUCAGUCUUGUAAUAAUCAUAGGGUUAUAUUUUAGUAUAUUUUUAGAUUAUAUUAAAUUUAUACUUUGUGCUAGAUGUUUGGUAAUGUGUUUUAUAUAACAAAAAUGUACUAUAUCUAUGCUUUGUAAUCAUAGCAGAAUUAUUUUUCCCAGAAGUGCAGGAAAUGUAACAAAUAUUAGAUAGAUGAUAGAUAGAUGAUAGAUAGAUAGAUAGAUAGAUAGAUAGAUAGAUAGAUAGAUAGACAGACAGACAGACAGACAGACAGACAGACAGACAGACAGACAGACAUCCCUUUAUUCUAACUACAGUGUAUCAACACUACAGAUUUAACAGAUUUUAAACAAGUUGGGAGUAUUCCCAGACUGCCACAAAACUGGGAAUUUUUGGAGGUUGUCAAAGAUGGUAAUGAUUUUGGUCUUAUGUGGGUUUAGGAAUUUGCAUGCAAGCCGGUAGCUCAGUUUGAAAAUUGAGUGUGUACAGGAAUCACUUUUAUACAGAACUUCAGAUAGCCUUCUUUGAUAAUGAUUAGAGAUCUACAAACUAGGAGUAGAGUGUUUUCUGCUUUUCAGAAGUGAUACAGAUUAUAUAUAAUUGGCUUGUCUGUGAUUUAGAAAUUAUAGCAUUAUGUAUUUAUAUUUUGAAAUAUAGAACAGUUCAGUCUGAGAACUAUCUUAUUUGCAAAAUUCAUGAUGUUGAGUAAUAACUGGCUGCAUUAAAUGAACUAUAGUAAUUAAACUAUUUGCUACUAAACCAGAUCUUCCCUUAAACAAAUUAGUUCAUGUUACAUGAACAGUAUAGCACUUUGAACUUCAAAUAAUCUAAUGCUUUCCCCCAUAUUUUCCAGUUCUUCUUGGCAUGUGUAUCCAAUCUACCUAUACAUCUUGUACAUAGUUAAGUUCAGAUUCCCAUGUGCAAGAGUAACAUUAGGUGGUCAUGGUCCACAUUUUACAUAGUAUUAAGCUGUAUGUGCUAGAAAAUAUCAUUUGCUCCAAAGGACCCAGGCAAACAAACAAGGGUACAGCAAAUGAUGCUAGAUUAAAGUGUAUACCAACUAUUUAUUCUGUUAAAGAAAUGGGCUGAAAUCAAAACAUUCUUAGACAUUGUAUAGUCACAUAAAAUGUAAAUUCCUUUUCUCCAUCCUCCUGACCCUCUAGGAUUUCUCCAUGAACAGAAUCCAAUUUUCUAACAAAGCAGUUUACAUUGUUAGUUUCCUAUCUGGUGAAGGGGUUGUUUGUAAAACUUAAAUUUUAUAUCUGGUGUCCCAAAUAUUUCCAUUAAUUCUGUAAGUCCCUUGUCUGCAUACUUAACCAUGUAAGAACUAUUGCUAGAAAUAUACAAAUGCUUACUAUCAGUUUCUUUCUAGAGAAAAAUACUGCAUUUCUGCUUAAAAACACACAACUGAGAUUCUUUUUUUUAUCACUUGGUUUUUUAAAAAGCAAUGUUUGCAUUUUUUAUAUUUCUGAUCAUGAAGAACAAGGAUCUUUCUUGAAAUGUAUGAUACUGGAUCAGGGGCGGGUUUCAAAACCCGUCGCUACCGGUUCGCUUGUGGGUAUGUGCGCACUUGCACGUGCUGCUUCUGCGCAUGCACAGAAGCGUCUGGGUGGGUGGGCGGAGCCUCCCCAAUCCGGGGCGAACCGGUAGCAAUCCACCACUGUAUUGGACAAUGAUAUGAACUAUGAACUGGAGGAAAUUUCAGGUUACAAAAUGAUAAAUAAGGUAAAGAAAUAUGUAACAACUCCCAGAAUUCCUCAGCCAAUCCACAUUUUUAAAUUGUCAAGGUUGAAAAACACUGAUCUAUCUAUGUGAGGGGAAAAGUGUAGGUAGCUAAGCCAAUGAGCUAGUUACCUACUAUGAUUUUUACUAUCGCUGAAAAUGUUCUCCAGGAUAACAGGAAAUGAGAUAAUUUUCAGCUGGUAAAAUAAUGAUGAAGAACUGAGUUGUGAGAUGUCUCAUAAAAAAGGUCCCAAUGUAGUUUUCCUUUGAAGAAGAGAAUAAUUCCAAGAAAUGCCACCAUCAAUGCUGUUUACAAACCUUUCUCAAACCACCAGAACAAAGGUUCAAGAGUUCUGGGAGACUGAUAAAUGAAAUACACAAGAAAAUCCAGUGCCAAGAAUAUUACUUAUUUUUAGUGACUCCUAUCUACAUUUAGCAGCCAGCCAGCCAGUGAGUACAUGCAAAAAACCAAAUUAUCAUCUUUUUCCAAGGUUUUCCAUCCGUCCAAUCCGGUCCAACAGAUUGGACAUGCUGCAGAUAGUAUUUAUGCUGUAGCCUCUGCCUUAUGGGGUAUUCAGUUCAGUUCAGUUCAGUUCAGUUCAGUUCAGUUCAGUUCAGUUCAGUUCAGUUUAGUUUAGUUUAGUUUAGUUUAGUUGUCAUUGCACCUCGGACAACAAAAUUAAAUGCCAUCUUCAGUGGAGAUUAGAAUGGUUUCCAACCCUAUUGGCUUUUUGCAAAGCUUUAAAAAUUUUGUUAUGUCUGGGGCUCAGAAUGUAUUAAGGGCCCUAAUACUUGGCUUUAUGAUUAGUUUAUUGACAAUCAGAGCUAUUAUUUGAGCUUAUUUAUUUUGUGGGUAUUUUUAUUAUUUUAAUGUUUUUAAAAUUGUUUUGUUUAAUAAUUUUAGAAUUGUAAGCCACCCAGAGUCACUUAAUUGAUUUGGGCAACUACAGAAAUUAAAUAAAUAAAACCUCACUUCUACAAAAAAAACCAACAUAAACCCUUCCAUGCCUUAUUAUAGCAAAUGGUUUCAACAGUUUACAUGGGGAUAAGGGGGCGUCUUGUGUAAUGUUCCUGUAUUUGUAUAAGAAAUCUUGAACCUCUGACUUCUAAACUGUCUGACAAUCCUGACAUGGUUCUCAGAACCCUGGAAUGGAUUUGGACUAUUUUUUUGUGUUCUCUUGUUUAAAAAAAACCACUUCAUGCAAGUUUCUGUUUUGGUUACAUUUUUGGUCACUGUUUUAUCUCUUCAGCCUGGAAGUAAAACUGCUAAACUCCACAGCAAUUGUGUGUCUGUGAUUGAAACUUGAAGCAGCACAGGUUGUCCUGGCAGCAAAACAAAUGCCCAACUUUGCUAUAGACCAUAAGGACACAAUAUGUAAUUAGGGGGAACAAACUGUAUAAUUGUUACCUGAUCUGCUAUUCAUUAUCAAUUCAAAUAAAAAUGCUGAAAUUGUGUGAAGGUUUAAUAAGAUAGUGAAUAAAAUGUGUGUCUGUGUGUGCAUGAAAUGAAUUGACAGUACGUAUUUGGUCUAAAUUAAUAAAAAUAGAAAUUGUUUUGUUGCUAUCAAAUCAUGUGUUACUUCCUAGUGACUAUAUGGAUAGAUUUUCUCCAAAUGAUUUUCUCAUCAACUUGGCUUUUAGGUCUUUCGCUGUUGUCUACCUAUCUCCCACUUAGACUUGUCUUCAACUCAUAUUUUCCAGUCCCUUUAUUGAGCAGCUACUCUGGUAAGGCUUGGAGAGUAGUUGGGAACGGUGUAUAUGUUAGUAAAAUUUUGCUAUAGUGUAACCAAUAAAAUUGGCUUAACAAAA